CCCCACGCCCCACGCCCCUCGCCCACGGGGUAACUCUCACGCCCGGUGUCUGGUCGCACGGAAGACGCAGUUCCCUGCAUGAGCUCCCCGGGAAAGGAGAACCCCAGCAUCACAGUCUCCCUCACACCCCAGCUUCCCUCAGUCGCCACCAGGGUCCAGAGACCCCAAACUUCUCCCAGGGACACGUGGUCACCCCGUGGCCUUUCCUCACAGCCACGCCGGCCCGUGUGGCCCCAGGCAGGGCUCACCUGGCCGCCCAGGCCCCUCCGGCCCCAGCGCGACCCCCACAAACAGCAGCAGCGCUGGGCCCCCCAAAAGACCCCCCUGCAGAAACCGUCCUCUUCCAGGGGCUCCCCCACCCAGGACACACGCCCGAGCCCGCCGCUGGCACCCCCAGGCCCUCCCUGCCCGACACAGGCCGCCCCCUCCGACACAGAGGAGGCCGUGAGGGGCGGACGCGCCAGUGGCUGGGAGGGCUCUCAGCGGCAACCCCCGAGCCCCUCUGUCCCCAACGCUCCCAGCGAGGCCACGGCAGAGGCUCCGUCCUACCUGGUCGGCGGGGACUGCGCAGCCGAGGUGGACGCUGCCCCCCCACCCUUCCCUGGACGGGGAGCCGGCUCCGUGACCGCCCGCCCCAGCCGCAGCCGUGACCCCACACCCGGGACUCCUUCCCCACAGCUUCAAGUUCCAGAAACUGCUGCAGCCGGGCACGGUGGCUCGCGCCUGUCAUCCCAGCACUCUGGGAG